AUGCAAGUCAAAACAUUCAAAGCAGUCCGGACCGCCUUUGUGUGCUGCUUCAUCUUCGCAAUUCUGUGGCAGCUCUGCCUGAGUGAUAUCCACCCCUCGUUCCAGUUUACUCCCCUUGGUGCCUAUACCUCAACUCUUGAGGUCGACUGGUCCCGAUUCGCUUAUACCCAGUAUGCCACCAGCCGGGCCUAUAUCUGCAACUCAGUGAUGUUGUUUGAGACCCUGCAUCGCUUAGGCAGUCGAGCGGAUCGCCUGUUAAUGUACCCAUCGGACUUCUCCACCGAUGACAACUCCAGGGUUGCGAAGCUGCUCCGCAAAGCCCGCGAUGAGUAUGGGGUCAAGCUGGUCCCAGUUGAGCUACAGCACCGAAAGGGCGCCGACAAGACAUGGGCAGACAGCUACACCAAGCUUCUCGCUUUUAACCAAACCCAGUACGAUCGCGUACUGAGCCUGGACUCCGACUCGACUCUUCUCCAGAUUACAGCAAGGGAGGGAGCACUCACAAUAGCCCCACAGUCCCUGGACGAACUCUUCCUGCUCCCGCCAUCGCCCGUGGUCCUCCCUCGGGCAUACUGGCUCAGUCCCGCGAACCGGACGAUGAGCACCCUAAUCGCAUUGAUCAAGCCCUCUGCGUCCGAGUUCCACCGCAUCCAACAAGCGAUCGCCGACGCUGGGCCGACCGAAUUCGACAUGGAGAUCGUCAACAAGCUGUACCAGGGCCGGGCGGGAAACAUCCCCCACCGGCCUUACUACCUCCUGACCGGCGAGUUACGCGCCACAGACCAUACCGCCUAUCUCGGCGAUCCGCAGGAAUCCUGGGACCCGGUCGAGGUCUUCAAUCAGACAAAGUUCCUGCAUUUCUCCGACUGGCCUCUCCCAAAGCCCUGGUUCAGGGCCAACACAAGUAUCGUCGAGGCGAAUCAGCCGGCGUGUGAUCUAAAUCCCAAAACGGGCCUCUAUGACGACUGUCGCGCGCGAGAUAUCUGGCGCGGCAUCUAUGAUGAUUUUGCCUCGAGACGACAGGCGGUUAACGUUUCAGUUUUUAUCAUUGAACUAUAUUUUGACAUGAUUUCUACCAAGACUGUAUCAAGCCUGUGA